AUGGGCAAGGGGAGCAUGGGCAAUGGGAGCAUGGGCAAUGGGAGCAUGGGCAAGGGGAGCAUGGGCAAGGGGAGCAUGGGCAAGGGGAGCAUGGGCAAGGGGAGCAUGGGCAAGGGGAGCAUGGGCAAGGGGAGCAUGGGCAAGGGGAGCAUGGGCAAGGGGAGCAUGGGCAAGGGGAGCAUGGGCAAUGGGAGCAUGGGCAAGGGGAGCAUGGGCAAGGGGAGCAUGGGCAAUGGGAGCAUGGGCAAGGGGAGCAUGGGCAAUGGGAGCAUGGGCAAGGGGAGCAUGGGCAAUGGGAGCAUGGGCAACGGGAGCAUGGGCAAGGGGAGCAUGGGCAAGGGGAGCAUGGGCAAGGUGAGCAUGGGCAAGGGGAGCAUGGGCAAGGGGAGCAUGGGCAAGGGGAGCAUGGGCAAGGGGAGCAUGGGCAAGGGGAGCAUGGGCAAGGGGAGCAUGGGCAAUGGGGGCAUGGGCAAUGGGGGCAUGGGCAAUGGGGGCAUGGGCAAUGGGGGCAUGGGCAAUGGGGGCAUGGGCAAUGGGGGCAUGGGCAAUGGGGGCAUGGGCAAUGGGGGCAUGGGCAAGUCUGCUGGAAAAGGACUUAACAUUCCAUCCCACCACAAAGCCCAGCACAAAGGACUAGUCAUUCCAUUCCCCCCCUCCCCUCCUCCACCAGCACUGUGGCCUAUAUCUCAGGGGUGUGGGGGCGAGGGGAGAGGGAGGAGGAGUGCAGAGCGGUGCAAUGCGCCUCACCAGCAAUGCGGCCCUUAG